AUGGCGGCGAGUGUGACAGCAAAGCCCGAGUGAAACUCUCCCGAGAAUCACGCAGAUUUACCGGCCGAACCCAACCGGACACUCGUGUCAGUGGCCCGCGUUUAGCGUUAGACGCGUGUGCGUGAGUCCGGCGCGUUUAUGACGCGCGCGUGUUCGUGUUUCAGGAACCGCAGAGAUGAUGGAAGACGAGGAGCGACAGAGGAAACUACAGGCCGGUAAAGCCAAGCUGGCGAGAUACCGUCAGAGGAAAGCUCAGUCUGAUGGACAGAAGAAGAAGAAGAAGAAGCAGGGAUCUGAGGUGGAGGAGCGUGUGCGAGAGGAGCCAGGGGGAACCGAUGGAGAGCAGAAGACCCUCCGCAGUGGAGAGACCGUCACAUACCACCAGACGUACACUGUCGAGCCGGAGAGUGAGGUGUCCACGACGGCAGAAGACUGCUCCUCUGAGGUGAAUGGUUUCCAGGAGAGGACGGCGAGAGCGUUGGCACCCUGUGUGAUCGUGGAGGAGGAUUUACAGCCCACCGAAUUGCCCCUGGAGCCUGACCUCCAGCGCGGCGGUCGAGUACAGGUCAUGGAGGACGAGUUGGCCAUGGAAGAGCUGAGCCAUGAGCUGGAGGAGAUCAGAGCUGGGUUUGGGACUGAAGGAGUGCAGCAGCUGCAGGACUUUGAGGAAGCGUUGAAACAGCGAGAUGAAAUUAUAACGCAGCUCACGGCGAAUCUGCAGCAGGCGCGAGCCGAGAAGGAGGAGGUGAUGAGGGAAUUUCUGCAACUGACGGAUCAAAGCCAGAAACUGCAGAUUCAGUUCCAACAGCUGCAGGCAGGUGAGAUCAUGAGAAACUCCAAUAUCAGUUCAACUGCUGCAGAUCUCCUGCAGGCCCGUCAGCAGAUAGCACUGUACCAACAACAGCUGGAUGAAAAGGACGCACAGGUCAAAGGUCACCAGGACAAGACGCAGGAAUGGCUUUUAUUGAUUUCGCAGCUUCAGGAGGAACUGGGUGAAGCUGAAAAGACGCGCACUCAAGCUGAUGAGACUUUGCAAGGAAAAGACCUGCAGAACACUGAACAACAGCGUCUGAUCUCCGAGCACCUGCGGACUUUAGCUCAACUCCAGGAUCAACUUCUGAACUCCUCACAACAGCUGGAGGAAGUGAACAAACAUCUGACUGCGAAGACCCACGAGCUGGAGAACCGCGAAAGGGAACUCUCCAUUUCCAGACAGAAAGAGAGAAUGUCGUCCGGAGAAAUCUUACAGCUCAUGAAGACCGUGGAAGACCUUCAGCAACGCUGCCACCAGGGUAGCCAAUCAGAGGGCGAGAUUCUGCAGAGACUGGAAGGGGACUGGACGCGCAGGAUGGACCAGUUACGAGCCGAACUGGACGAAAUGUACGGACAGCAGAUCGUGCAGAUGAAACAGGAACUUCGGGUCCAACACACGGCAGAAGUAGAUCGAAUCAAGGAGGAGCAUUCUGCGGAUGUGGAGAAGAUCGUUCAACGGCAUCGAUCAGAGCUGGAGAGGUUCAAAGGUCAACUGUCUCAGAGCGUCGGAGGGGUCAACGUUCUUAACGUGAAGGUCAUCGAGCUGCAGAACAAGCUGCAGGAGUCGCAGGUGUUGCGAGAGAAAGCGGAGCAGCAACUGACGCGGAUGAGCGCAGAAAAAAUCGAUCUAGCGAGCCAGGUUGAACAUUUGCACCAGGAGCUGACGCACACGAGAGCGGAAGCGGAAAUGAGAUCCAAGAGUCCAGAGAAAAUCCAGACGGAGAUGCAACUCCUGCGUGAUGCGAUUAGCGACCUGCAGACGCAGCUGCAUGCCGUGCAGAAGGCCAACGGCGACCUCGAGGACAAACACGAAUCAGAGAUCACGAACUACAAAAUCAAACUGGACAUGCUGGAGCGGGAAAAGGACGCCGUGCUGGACAGAAUGGCCGAAUCGCAGGAAGCGGAGCUGGAACGGUUGCGGACGCAACUUCUUUUCAGCCAUGAAGAGGAGUUGACGAGACUCCGAGAAGACCUUCAACGGGAAAGCCAGCUGAACGUCGAGAACUUGAGAAACGAGAUCGCCGUGAGAAACCGCGAGGCCGUGGAACUCCUUCAGACGGAUUUCGAGAACAAGUUGAGGUCCGUUGAGAGCGAAAAGGCGGUGCUAGUGACGGACAGAGUCUCGCUGCUUCAGGAGAUCGUGGCGCUGAAAAACGAUCUGAACCAGCUGAUGGAAAGCUCGCGAGCUGAGGAACUGGUCGCACAGCUGAAGGAAAAGCAGGGAGAAGUCGAAGAUCUCAGACGGAGAGAGAGUGAAAGAGCGAGAAUGAAAAACGACGACUGGGAGACUUCAGAGUCGAACAAAGCCGCGACGGGCGAUCUGACGUCCUUGAAACAAGAUCGCGCAGUCCUCCGUCAGAAAGUAGACCAACAAAAGCAGGAACGCUUGAAGGACCUUCAAGAUGAGCUCGAAAACACCUUUUCUUUCGCCGAAAAGAACUUCGAGGUGAACUACCAGGACCUUAAGGACGAGUAUACGUGCCUGGCCAACGCCAAAGUUCAACUCGAGGAGCGUUCGAUCAAAGAAGCAACGGAGUACGAGGCGAAACUCCGCGAUCUUCGCGCCGAGCUGCGAACGGGAUCCCCGAGGGACAAAACAGACGACGAGGAGGUGGACGGGAAGAUGCAGAACGAACAAGACACGACCGAGCCGAUGGAGAAACCGGAAGCGUCGGAGAAAGAUAAGAAGAACUCGGCGACGAGGCUCUCGGAAACGGUCGCUCGAGUGACGCUGAUGGAAGACGAGCUGAGGAGGGAAAGCGACGGGACCGUCGUGAGAAAUAAAGAGCCGGAAUCGCAACGACAAUUCCUCAAUCGGCCUGUUGCCGCCGGCAGUUCGUGCACUGUAGAAACGCACGACAUGCACAUCAAGUCUUUGAAAGAGGAAAUAACGAUGCUUCAAUCAUCUCUGCUGUGUGCUGAACAAGAGCUCCGCUCUAAUCAGGAGAGCGUCGACACGCUAAAGGAGAGUCUGUCCUCGUGCGGGGGGAUGUACAGAGACCCCUCCCGUCAGACGCCAGCGAGGGAAGAGAGAGAGACACCUCGGAGUACUACAGCCAGCCACACAGUAGCUAAUGAGGAUCCGCGCACAGCGCCGGACGGCAGGCGCAGACGCCCGCAGCAGGUGAAGACAGGAGACACUCCGGACGAUGGGGACGCCGUCAGACAUGACAUGAUGCAGCUACAGGACAUGGACGGCUCUGAGCAUGAUGAGUGUCGGCUGCAGAUGGAGGCGCAGCGUAUCAGUCUGUCUCAGAUUCACGCUGCUCAUAUACAGCUGCUCCGAGAGAGCCUGUUUGUGCAGAUGCAGGAGCAGCUGCGCAGCCGAGAGGAGGAGCUGCGGGACGCACAUGCUGAUGAGCUGCAACACUUACAGGAGGAGUGGAAGAGAGAGCAGCAGGGGGUCAGGGGUCAGCACACAGAGCUGAAAGAGUCGUCUGUGCAGCAGCUGAAGUCAGAGUUUCAGGAGCGUUCAGCUCAUCUGGAGGAGAGUCACAGGCAGGAGAUCGAGCAUCUGAAGAUCUGUUAUCAGCAGCAGAUGGAGGAGAAACAGGAGCGUUUCACCGCUGAGAUUCUCCUGCUGCAGCAGAGACUCCAGGAGCUCACAGGAGCAGAGGAUCACUUCAGCGGACGCAGCGUCUGUCAGAGCCGGGUGAGAGACGAGCGGACUGAACAUGUGCAGGACGAGGAGUCUCUCUCUGUAGAUGCUGAAGCAGAGCUGGUGUCUGCAGGUCUGUGGCGUGAGCCGCAGGCUGUGCAGGAGGCCCCGUACGAGAGCCAGCAUGACAUCAGAUCUCAUCCAGAGCAAACACAUCUCACACACUUACAGGAGAAACUUCCUCAAGAGCUGCUGGAGCAGGAGAUUGCCAAGGUGAUCGUGCAGAUGUCCGUUGAGUUCGCUCAACAGACAGAAUUCGCCCGCAUCAGUAAACGGAUCGGAGAGACGAGCACAGCCGCACAGACUGAUGACACUGAAGAUGAAGUGAGGAUAGAGGAGAGACUGACUGAUGAUUCUGUUACCGUGACGACAUCACAGAGAUGCACGCAGAAGAAAGAGGAAGAUGAGGAGAUGACGAAGGGCAGAGAAACAACUGUGACAUCACAGUCACCUGCACAAGAUCCAGAGCUCUCAUCUGAUGUCAUCACUACAGAGAGGGAUUUGUUGCGUGCGGCGAACAUUCGCUUGCGCCAGGUGCUGAUCGACGUGUUGAAGACGACAUCAGCGGCAGAGCAAACUAUCGGCCGUCAUGUGGAGGGAAUCCUAGAGUCCAGUAAGAGUCCGCUGAGAGCCACCUUACAGAAGACCCCAGCAGACGUCCUGAGACUGACAGCAGGACCUGCAGGAGACGCGUCCUCUGAGAGCUUCCAUGGCAGUGAGAUGGGCGCUGGUGACAUCAGCGUGUUUUCCACGGAGACAGAUGAAGGACUGGAGACGUCGUGGAAGAUUCCGGGGGUGGAGCUACAUCUGCAGGAGGUGGAGCUUGAGCUGGAGAGGGAGGAGUGUCUGAUGAGCAUCAGCACACGACUGCAGAGUGCCGUGGAGAAACUGCUCAUCACCAUCACCAAGACAACCACUCAGCUGGAACAUGCACACAUCACGCAGACGGAGCUGAUGCGAGAGAAGUUCAGGCUCAAUGAGGAGAUCGAGGAACUGUUGGGCAGACAGGAAGAGCUGCAGGAGCGUCUCGUUGAGGAGACCCGAGUGCGAGAACAACUGGCACUGGAGCUGCACAAGGCUGAAGGUGUGAUUGACGGCUACACAGGUGAGCGUUUGUCUCUGGAGCAGCAGAUCUGCGAGCAUGCUGACCUUCAGCUGCACUUGGAGCAGGAGCUGCACGUGACCAGCAGCCGUCUGCAUGAACUCGAGCGGGAGAGACUGCAGAUUCAUCAGGAGAGAGAGCUGUCACAGCAACGAGACGCCAUGAGAGACGGGGCGGGGUCACGAGAGCUGCGACUAGUUGAAGCUGCUCUCGAUGCAGCACCUGAAGCAGAUCUGCUGGAGGAGACGGAGAAGCUCAUGGCGGAGAAGGUGGCGGUGCAGCGGCAGGCGCAGAAGGAGAGCGGCGAGCUGCAUCUGCAGGUGAGACAGCUGGAGGCGGAGCUUGAGGAGCAGGUGAGCCGUCUGCAGGAGCUGCAGCAGCUGCACGGGACUGAAGGAGCCGACCUCAGACAGCAGAUACAGGCCUUGGAGAAACAGCUGGAGAACAACCGCAAGUUCAUGGACGAGCAGGCAGCGGACAGAGAGCACGAGCGAGACGUCUUCCAGCAGGAGAUUCAGAACCUGGAGCAGCAGCUGAGGAAUCCACCCAAAUCACACGCAGCCAAUGAGCAGAGAGACCGAGAGGUGCAGGAGUUGCGCAUGGCGCUGCAGGAGAAGUCGGACUGGUGCAGUGAGCUGCUGUUGAGCUCUGAGCAGCUGCAGCGAGAUGUGCAGGAGAGAGACGAGGAGAUCGACACACUCGGAGCACGUGUGACAGAGCUGCAGCACACACUCAUGCAGCGGGUUGAGGAAGUUCAGCAUGUGUCUAUGACUGGCCGCAGUGAUGUCACACUGGAAGCACAGCUGCAGACUGAGAGAGAGGCUCUGGACAGGAAGGAGAAAGAGAUAGGGAAUCUCGAGGAGCAGCUGGAGCAGUUCCGUGAAGAGCUGGAGAAUAAGAGCGAAGAGGUCAAUCAACUUCACAUGCAGCUGGAGAUCCAGAGGAAGGAGAUCAACAGCCAUCAACAAGACCUUCAGGUGCACACCAGACUCACACAGGUGUCGGAGGAGAAGGACAGACAAAUAGCCGUUCUUAACGAACAGAUCGCUAAACUACAUCACACAGGAUCAGAGCCUGAGAAAGAGGUGUUGGAGGAGAAAGAUGAAGUUGUCCGUGAGCUGGAGACGCAGGUGGAGUUUCUGCGGAGCGAACAGGAGCGUCUGAAGAGGAACGGCGAGGAGGAGGUGGACCAGCUGAACGCCGUCAUCGAGAAACUCCAGCAGGAGCUGUCGCACAUCGAGCACAAGCAACCUCAAGAGGACGAGACGCCCGGCGUGAGGGAGGACCACGGCGAGAUGAAGCAGAAGAUGGACGAGGUCACGAGAGAACUGGACACGCUGAAGGCCGACCACAGCUCGCUGCAGAGCAGAUACGAGCGUCUGAAGGAGGAGGCGUUCGCUGAGACGGUUGCGGAGCUCGAGGAGGCGCUGAGGGAGAAGACGGCGGCGUUUGUGGUGGUCCAAGCCCAAGUUCAGGCUCUUGAGGAGAGCGCCGGGUCGAGGGUGAAGAGUUUGAGUCAGCGUGUGGAGGAGCUGGAGAUCUGUGUGGAAGAAAAAGACUCGGAGCUUCGCGCCUGCAGACUGAAGGUGGAACAAGCGCAAACCAAUGCUGAGGCUCUUUACUGUAAAGUCGCCGGGCUUGAGGAGAAUCUCAGGGAGAGGGUGGCCACCGUGCUGGUCAGUCAAGCGCAGCUCGGAGCCGUUCAGAGCCAAACCAAAGACCUCCACGCUGAAGACGUCACAGCAGAAGUGGGGUGCCUCAGCGCACCGCUGGAGUCUGAGGACGUGGCGUCUACGCCAGCCGCAGGAGGGAAGAUGAGCCUCCUGACGGAGAAGCUGAAGGAGCUGGAGGAGGGAUUGAGCAGGAUGCAGACGGAUCAGGAGCUGCAGAAGCAGUUGUUGAGCAGCUCCGAGGAGGAAGUGCAGGAGUAUGAGAGGAGGUUAGCUGUGCUCAUGGAGUGUCUCGACCAAAUGAGAACCAAACCGGCCCAACGCAGUCCGCUACCAUCUGCUGAGGGGUCAGGGGUCAGCAGUCGCUCCAUGUCAGAGCUGCUGAAGGAGGUCAAAGGUGAAUGCACUAAAGAGGAGUCGAACAGCUACAGAGAAUUGAGCCAUAAACUGCAGCAGGAGAUCGAGGUGUCCGCUAAACUUCUCCAGGAACUGCAGGAGGUCAGAGGUCAGAUGGCGAGCACACAGCAAGAACUGGACGGGUACAAGGACCAGAGCGCCACACUGCAGGAGCUGCUGCAGGAGAGAGAGAUGAGCAUCGCUCUACUGAAGGAUCAGCUGCACAGGCAUGCCUCACAAGAGGGUCCGGAUCAGACCACAUCAGAGCUGCUGCAGGAGCUGCAGGAGGUCAAAGGUGAAGCUGCGUCCACCAAAGAGGAGUUGAGCAGCUACAGAGAGCGCAGUCUCAAACUACAGGAGCAGAUCGAGGUCAGAGACUCGUCCAUCACUCAGUUAAAGGAGGAAGUUCAGGCGCUGCAGAGCGCUUUGAUCAAACACAGCGAUAAGCCACUACAACAACAGCCGUCAUCUCACCCUAAAAAGAAGGGAAACAGACAUGGAGACAAAAGAGAGAAUCAUGGGAACAAUGAAAGUGGUGGCACGAGCAAAGUCCCGCCCCUACUUUCCAACAGAAACUCCCCUGACCAAUCAGAGCUCUCCACCUCAUCCCUGAACGGGACGUCUCUCACACCUCAUGCGGACGUGGGGACGCAGGCUGAGCUGUCCAGAUCUGAGGACAUGGAGGAGAUGAUCGCGAGCUACAUGGAGAAGAUCGGACAGAUGCAGGAGCUCCACGCGGACGAGAUCAUGGACAUGGAGACGAGACACAUCACAGAGAGCGAGAGCCUGAAGAGAGAAAACCAGCAGCUGGAGGAAGAGUGCCGAGUGCUCCGAGAUGCCAUAAACAAACUCAGAACUGCUGAGGGUGCUUCAGCGAGAGCGUCAGAGCGGCCUGCAGCUUCUCCGUUUAAAGAUGGAUAUGUCAGCGACUGCAGUUCAGACUGGAGUCAGCGCACAGGUCUUCCUCACCUGCAGCAGGAGUUCAGAACCAGACCUGAAGGGGCGCUGAGAGACAUCGAACCGGACGUCCUGCCCGACAGUAUCAAGACGCUGCUGCGCGAGGUUCAUCAGGAGGGCAUGCAGGUUCUGUCUCUGUCUGAGGCGGAUGCAGCCGGCGCACAGCUCCCCCCUCAGGCCUGGAGCGAAGAGAGAGAUGCGCUCAUCAACACCGUAGAGUCCCUCAAAUCACUCAUCGGCAAAUUACAGACAAACACUGACACACAGGUUCAGUCGGGGCCUGCACAUGACUGGCGUGCAGAGCUGCUCUCAGCCGUUCAGCGGGUGUUUGUUCAGGAGCGAGACAUGCUGAAGAACGUUCUUUACUCUCAUCUGGAGCGUGUGGACACCGCUGACGCUGUAGUUCAUCUGAGUCGGCUGGAGAGGGCGCUAGAGGAACAGGAUGUUCGUCACAGGGAGCUGAUGGCUGGGUUGUGUUCUGCGGACAGAAACAGUCUGAUCUCAGAGAUCCGUCAGCUCAGAGCUCAACUCGACACACUCGUCUCAGACGUCCCGAACGCAUCACACGCACGCCACCAUGUGGACAACGCAGCAGGAGUGGAGACGGAGGGCGAGAAAGAACGAUCGCUGGUGUUCGUUCUGGAGGAACUGAAGACCGAACUGACCCAAACUAAACUAGAGCUGGAGACGACACUAAAAUCACAACACAAACUCCUGAAAGAACACGACACGCUCCGGUCGGAGGUGUCCGUGAAAGCCGCUGAAGUGGAUUCACUGACCGAACGACUCUCAGAAGAGCAAAAGAGACUGAGAGAGCUGCAAUGGGCGUUCGAGAAAGAGAAAUGCAGAUCAGAUAGGAUGCAGGAGACGGAGAGAGAGGAAGUGGAGGACCUUAAACUGUUUCUCAAGGAGCAGCGAGGUCGUGUGGCCGAGCUGUCAAGCUCUCUGGAGAGAGAGAGACAGAGCUCAGCUCAGCUCAGAGAGCAGGACAACAGGCGGCAGGCGCUAGACAUCAGCGGCGUCUCUGGGCUGCAGGUGCAGUUAGACGCUCAGAGAGCUCGUGCAGAUGAACUCGGCAGUGCUCUAGAGAGACAGAAAGAACUGAACACACAACUGAUACGACAGAUCCAGACGAGCUCAACAAGCGCUCAAAACCAGGAGUCUGAGACGCAUCAGACCUUCAUACAGACUGACGGCACCUGCAGUCAGGUGGAGGCCGGCGUUCUCUCCGUGGAGUCUCUAUUGCAGACGCUGCAGUCGCAGCUGGCAGAGAAGCAGACGCAGGUGAUGCAGAUGAUGGAGGAGCUGGAGAGACAGAAACUGGACGCGGUGCAGCGCAAACGUCAGUUUGAUGAGGAGAAAUCGGCACUCGCACGCUCCGUUACGCAGGACCAGGAUGCACUGCGGGUGUCUCGCAACAGCCUGAGUGACAUGGAGAGACGGACGAGUGAGCUGCGGUCAGAGCUGAACGCAGAGAGACAGAACGUACAGCGACUGGAACGAGAGAGAGACAGGCUAAAGGAGAGAGUGAGACAGCUCGAGGAGAGAGUGAGACUGAGUGAGAAUAACCAAAGCACACAUUCAGAUGGUCAGCCGGCGGAUCGAACCUGUGACUGGGUGUUGCAGCAGAAGUCAGGAGACGCUCUGACGCUGGACUCCAGCGCACCGUCACUGCGUGAGGUCAUGGGGUCAGGGGUCGCUCAGAGCUCAGACCCUAAACACAUGGACAAAAUUCUCGGCAGACUGCACCUCAUCGCCGCUAAGAUCAACAACCUGACCAGUGAUGCCUCGGGCAGGUCACCUGUGGAAGGGCCGGACCGUGAAAGUCUGGCGUGGCUGCACACUAAUGUACAGGAUGUGAUAUCAUUGUUACAGCAUAUCCCAUCAGCCCCUUCUGCUCUCCCUGUGAGCGCCACCCUGCUGGUGGGAGGUUCAUCCAGUCUGUUGAACGAACGUUUACUGAGACAGAACGCAGAACUGACGGGAUUCGUCAGCCGACUGACGGAGGAGAAGAACGACUUGAGAAACCAGUUACUGAAACUAGAGGAGGAACUGCGCAGAUGCAGGCAGAACAUGAACAGCUCUGGGAGCGUUGAGAGCAGGAGCAGUGCGGAGCAUCGGGAGGUGAUGUUGUUUUCUCGCGAGCGAGAGUCUUGGGCUCAAGAGAAGAGUCGAUUAGAAAAGUCUCUCCGUCAGACGGAGGCGGAACUGAACCGGCUCAAAGCAGAGAUUCGAUCCGACAUGCUCCGAGAAAUUACCGGAUCUGAAACUGACAACAGCGCACUCAAGAGGCUGUAUGGUAGAUACUUGCGAGCUGAGAGUUUCCGGAAGGCUCUGAUUUAUCAGAAGAAAUAUCUGCUGCUGUUGCUGGGUGGAUUUCAGGAGUGUGAGGAAGCCACGCUGUCUCUCAUCGCCCGCAUGGGCGUCCACCCCACACACACCUGUCUGGAGUCUGUCAGUCAUCAGCGCAGAGGAUUCACACGCUUCAGAUCGGCUGUGCGUGUCUCCAUCGCCCUCUCCAGGAUGAGGUUUCUGGUGAAGAGAUGGCAGAGAGCUUCUGUUGGACCAAUCACCUCGCCGACGGUUAGCAGGAACGGCAUUGGUCAGAUCACAGGUUCUGAUGUAAGAAACGAAUCUUCAUACCUGCACCCAGAAAGUGUGGAGGUGUUCAGAGAGAGACAAGCGACCAGCCGCGGUCGAACGGGACGGGACUCUCCUCGCUCGACAGCAUCAGUCCAACACAGGUAUCACAGUGUGUCAGGUGACGCUGGAGCUGUACUCUGUUCACACCUGCAGAACUAUGAUCCGGAUCGUGCUCUCACAGACUAUAUCUCCCGUCUGGAGGCCCUACAGAGGAGACUGGGAAGUGUGCAGACAGGUUCCUCCUCAUACGCUCAGUUGCACUUUGGAGUCCGAAGAUAAAGUUUUUGAUUUACAUUGAAGCUGGUGUUGCCUUCUCUUGUGCUGAGCUGCUUUUGUAUUCUUAUUAAAUGCGUACAAUUCUGUGGGACCAAAAAGACGUUUCUUUGCGCGCGCAUGUGUGUGUGUGUGUGUGUGUGUGUGUGUGUGUGUCAUCUUAUAUUCAAGCUUUAUGUUUGCAGCACUCAAUAUCUGUACAUUAGUUCUUCUGUACUUGUUGUUAAAGGACACAAUCAUGUUGUUACUGUAUAUCUGUGGAAUGCUAAUUUAAGUUGAUUAAUUGAAUCUGUGUUGGAGAUGGUGACCGGGUUGGCUGCUGUCGGACUGAUAACACCGCUGCUGCUGUGCGGAGCGACACCUUACGUGCAGAAUCAACACUAACAGAAGCUGUGAUGAAUGUUCUUCAGGCUUUAUGAAGCUGCAUAUGGGACGUCCUGUGCAGUAGCACCAUGUUAUCAGACGCUCUACACUGUGUUUUAUUAGCGCGCUCCCAUGAACUGACUACAGAGGACAUUUGUAGAAGACAUAUUUUUGUAAAGGUCGGAUCUUUGGGCUAUUUUGUCAAAACUGAAAUAAAGAUUAAUAUAAUAUUUGA